AUGGGCUGGUUGUCUUCUCGCUCGAUUCCCGCUCCGUAUGUGGUCUCCCCGACAUGGCGUUGGGACGGCGAUGCGGGAACUUGGUCGACCUUCUUGAUUGAAGUAGGAACACCACCUCAGGCUUUUCGUGUUCUUCCUUCCACGUCCAGCUCCGAGGUCUGGGUACCGAUUCCGCAAGGAUGCGAAGGCAUACUUUCUGGUGUGUCCAACUGCGGUGAUCUUCGUGGCGUCAAUACCUUCGACAACGGCGCCAGUCGAGGAUUCGAAACGAACGAGUCUUCAACAUGGUCAACGACAGGAAUCUAUCAGUUAACGGUGGACGACCCAGUCUUCAACUCUACUGACACAGCCCUGUACGGUCGGGACACUGUGACCUUGAGCACCACUACUGGAGGCAACCGUUCAGAAAUUGACUCGCAGACGGUUGCUGGCAUUUCGAGUGCCAACUACUGGUUGGGUAGCCUUGGGCUGGGCAUUUCUGCUGCGAACUUUUCUACCUCAAGUGACAGCAAUCCUAGCCUGCUGAGCUCUUUGAAGGAUAGCCUGCGCAUUCCAAGCUUAUCUUUUGGAUACACUGCCGGCGCUUAUUAUGCAAACGAAGCAGUGGGGAGCCUUGUACUCGGCGGCUACGAUGCUUCUCGUUUCACUGCGAGUAAUGUCUCUUUCUCACUCGAAGGAACUCACAACUUGAGUCUACAAGUUGCCAUGUCCAGCAUGCUUGGUAUGAAUACCUUCAGCGGGACUCGAGCUCUACUUGAGAGCACGGACCCAACGAUCUUCACAAUCGACUCAAGUGUUGCCGACCUGUGGCUACCUCAAGCCUCCUGCGAUCUCUUUGCUGAUGCCUUUGGACUCAUCUACGAUUCGACGACCGACUUAUACCUUAUCAACGAUACUUCGCACAGCCAACUAACGACUCAGGAUCCGUCGGUCACUUUCACAAUCAGUGACACGACAAACACCACAUCAACUCUGAAUGUGGUCAUGCCCUACUCAGCGUUCGAUCUCAACGCGAGCAUCCCACUGUACAAUACCAGCACCCGGUACUUUCCAAUACGCGCUUCCGCAAACGCGUUCCAAUACGUGCUUGGUCGAGCCUUCUUGCAGGAAGCCUACAUUUUCGUGGACUGGGAAACGAAGUCCUUCACAGUUGGUCAAGCAAUCCACCAGAAUGCUACCACAGAGAUCGUCCCUGUUCUCCCUCCGACGACCAAGUCUGACAGUUCAAAUACACCAAGACUGUCACCUGGAGCUAUAGCAGGGAUCGCAGUUUCCUGCGCUGCUAUGGUCAUUGGCGCACUGACAAUCUUACUUCUGCUGUACCGACGGCGCCAGCGAAAGAUACGACAUGCGAAUAGCCAGAACGACGAGAAACAGGCAGACCUGGACUCCCCAACUACUCAGCUCGUGGAGCCGAUGUCUAGCACCAUCCACGAGCUCCAAGAAGGCCAGAUGAAACACGAACUUGCGGCGAGGCCUAUCGUUGAACUUCCAGGCGACACUGUCAAGCGUCAUGAACUCGAAAGCAUGGAAGGAAAGCUGGAGGCUGACAAAGAUUCAUCAACACCCAACAAGAAAGGAUCGAUACACGAACUACCUUGA